AUGGCAACUUUACCAGGGACCGUUCCCAGAAUGAUGCGCCCCGCGCCAGGACAGAACUACCCCCGCACCGGGUUCCCUUUGGAAGUGUCGACUCCUCUGGGCCAGGGCCGAGUGAACCAGCUCGGGGGGGUGUUCAUUAAUGGCAGGCCUCUGCCAAACCAUAUCCGCCACAAGAUAGUGGAGAUGGCCCACCACGGCAUCAGACCCUGCGUGAUCUCCCGGCAGCUGCGAGUCUCCCACGGCUGCGUCUCCAAAAUCCUUUGCCGCUAUCAGGAGACCGGCUCCAUCCGCCCCGGAGCGAUCGGAGGCAGCAAACCCAGGCAGGUUGCCACUCCCGACGUGGAAAAGAAAAUCGAGGAAUACAAGAGAGAGAAUCCGGGGAUGUUUAGCUGGGAAAUCCGAGAUAGACUCCUGAAGGAUGGGCACUGUGACAGGAGCACUGUUCCCUCAGUGAGUUCGAUUAGCCGGGUGCUAAGAAUCAAGUUCGGGAAGAAGGAGGACGAGGAGGAGUGUGACAAGAAGGAGGAAGACGGGGAGAAGAAGGCGAAGCACAGCAUAGACGGCAUCCUGGGCGACAAAGGUAACAGGCUGGAUGAAGGCUCGGAUGUUGAGUCUGAACCGGACCUCCCCUUGAAACGCAAGCAGCGCCGUAGCCGGACCACCUUCACGGCCGAGCAGCUGGAGGAGCUGGAGAAGGCCUUUGAGAGAACCCACUACCCAGAUAUCUACACACGAGAGGAGUUAGCCCAGAGGACCAAACUCACAGAGGCCCGAGUGCAGGUGUGGUUCAGUAACCGAAGAGCCAGGUGGCGCAAGCAAGCAGGAGCCAAUCAGCUGGCAGCUUUUAAUCACCUGUUGCCAGGGGGCUUUCCGCCAACUGGAAUGCCGACUCUACCACCCUACCAGCUGCCAGAUUCCACCUACCCCACCACCACUAUUUCCCAAGAUGGGAGCAGCACCGUGCACAGACCCCAGCCCCUGCCACCGUCCACCAUGCACCAGGGAGGGCUGGCAGCUGCUGCCGCCGCUGACACCAGUUCUGCCUACGGGGCCCGACACAGCUUCUCCAGCUACUCAGACAGUUUCAUGAACCCUGCAGCUCCCGCCAAUCACAUGAACCCUGUCAGCAACGGCCUCUCUCCACAGGUACACAAAGCAGGGUGCCCAAACCAAGAGCAGUUCUCCAGGUGGAACCUCAUGAUAGCCUUGAACAAUCAGGUGAUGAGCAUCCUAAGCAACCCGAGUGGCGUUCCGCCACAGCCCCAGGCUGAUUUCUCCAUCUCUCCCCUCCAUGGUGGUUUGGAUACCACCAACUCCAUCUCCGCCAGCUGCAGCCAGCGGAGCGACUCCAUCAAGUCUGUUGACAGCCUCCCCACCUCGCAGUCCUACUGCCCUCCCACCUACAGCACCACCGGUUAUAGCGUGGACCCCGUGGCCAGCUACCAGUAUGGACAGUAUGGACAAACUGCUGUCGACUAUUUGGCCAAGAAUGUGAGCCUGUCUACACAGCGCAGGAUGAAGCUGGGAGAACAUUCAGCCGUGCUGGGCCUCCUACCAGUAGAGACAGGCCAGGCUUACUGAAAAGCCCAUCUGUGCCAACAACCCACUCCAGCAACCUGGUACCACCGCAGAAAACACCACCAGCAGCCUUCCAGGGUUCCACCUCUGCCCGGACACCACUCCUUUCCAAAUCCCCACCACCCGGCACCAACUCAAGCUGUGAAGGAGACGGGAAAGAGGGGGGGAGGGCUCUCCAUCUAUCCAGUUCCUUGCCGAGCACUCUUCUAAGACGCCAACCCAGCCUCUUUAACCGUGACUCCUUCUGUGGCCAGAGACAAUGGGUUGGAUACAUUUACUAACCCUAACGUUCAUGCCCUCCCUCCAGCCCACCUGGUCAGCUUGGCAUACUGCCCACACUUACUGACUUUCCAUUGAUCUCGGUAGUUGGCACAGUCAACGCUGAAUUUCUUUUUCCAUUGUAAAAUAUAUUUUUUUUAUUUUCCCCCUCUUUUUUAUUGUAGUAACUUGGUGGACAUUGUGUAGAAGGAGUAACCAAGCUGAUCACUAAGGGUGAUGCCGUUUGGGACCAAAAGACCUUUGGACCAAAUAUAAGAAGGUGUUUAAAAAACAAAUGAAAGUUACAGCAAACCUGUCCACCUCCCACACUGCUGAUAGGAUCCCAUAGCAAGGAAGAAGCAGGCAGGGAUGUUGCUCAGCAAAGGUGGGAUUCGAUGGAUGCUAUAAAUGCUCCAACCUGGGACCUUUGGAAAGUGUAAAUGUAAAUUGCUGAGCGGGGUUAGGAGAAGUUGGGGGCAGGUGUGAGCAACACUCAGUUUUCCUCUUAGGGACCAACUAGAUCCUGACAGGAUGGCGUGGGGCUGACUGAAAACCACUUGCAUCCCAUAGCAGCAGGAGAUUCAGUAAGAAAUGUUGGCGCAUGUGCGUGUGGAGGGCUGGCAUGGACACUGUUUAGGCCAGGUGGUGUCUGAUUGUGCAGAGUGAGAACUGAACAAUGACCUUCCUUCGCUCAGCGAGUUUGAUCCUGGCCGUGAGGGAGAGUGGCUGUGUAUGUAUGUCAAUGGAGGUGCGCUGCCCAACGGUGCUGUAGCUGAGCCUGUGUCUGGCCUAGCUGGAGACACUUCAGCUUUCAGAACUGGGUCCUUCUGCUGCUUAGAACAUGACUGAAAUGAAAUGAGACUUGUUCUGAAGGUGCCUGUCAGGGAGGUCUCCCCUCAAGCGAAGGGCUGAGUGACAAGUUAGUCGCUGGGACGGAGGAGGUGCAUUAGCUAAGGCACAGUGCCACACAAAACUGGAGUGGGCGUCACGCACUGGGGAGACAGGGCUGUGGGAAUGUGACCACGACAGUCUGUCUCCAACUGGCCAGAGAGAGAGGGAGGCAUAAACCCACAGAAUGCACCUAUUUGUGCUGUACUGUACGGCAGAGGAAAGACUCUUGUGUCCUUAUGCACACACCUCUUUGUUUCGCAACCUACCAGGAUAAGUACUUGUCUCUUACCUUAAGUAACUCGUCCUUUUCGCCAUCAUCUGGUGCUUUUCUGGACAGGCUGAUCUCUUGGUCCCUUCUCUUCAUAUUUCUCUGUUCUUUAUUUUGGAGCUGCAUUCUCUCUAGGCCUCAGAUUUAUUUUUUUUUGGUUCAGAUUUGCCUCCCUCUUUUCUGUAGCAUACAGCACUCUUUCCUCUGUAUCAACCCAUGAUCCUGCUCAACUCAAUGUUCAGAUAAACCCAGCCGGGAAUAACAAGUUAUAUAUGAGUCACAAACCACAUGGGGUUUCUGCCAUUUAUUUUUUUAUUUGUAACACUCUUCACUCAUCCCGAUAAAUUGCUAUAGCAGGUCCCUAAACAUUUAGAUUUCCUUCACUCUCUGAUUGCAUUUAAAUGGCUCACCUCCAAGAACACACUUACUGUUUACUCAUCACCCUGAAGAGGAUGGGGAAAGCUGCCAUUGAAACAACCCAUCCUGCUCCCCUCCUUUAAAUGAACUUGUGCCAGCCAGUGACAACUUGUAAGGUCCAACGUUCAAUGGAUUGGCAGCAGAUGCUGCAUGCCGGGUCGGUCAGGUACAACUUUCUGGUGCCUAUAUUGGACAUACCCUCAGUGGAGUUGAGAGAUGUAGGGGGGACCUAGUUUCUGCCUCCCAGUGUGAUUAAAGGGCGGGUGAGGGGGCAGAUUUCUUUCCUGUAUCCUUCAGCUUCUUCGUUUUUGCAUUUCCCUCAAACCAUCAGUCCUUGUCUUUACACCUGAAGCAACAUCUUCAGGGCAGUUUCAGGCUUUCUGGUGCCUGGCCCUUGGCUGCAUUUAAUUGUUAACCACAAAGUUGCCAACUCCCGUGGACAUGGCAGCCCACAUGGGCAAAUUGCCAGGUCUUAGUCAAAGCAGAUUUUUGCUUCAUGUGUUGCUCUGUAUUUCAUCAGACACCAUCCAUGGCUUUUCAUCCAGCCCACUGCUUCACUGGGCUUUGUUGUUCUGAGCUCCUGAAAGCAUUUUAACACACAAGGUUCAUCUCUCUUAGUUAUACACACACACUGCUGUUCAGUAGCUGGGAUGCUGACAAUUGCACACAUAGACUCCUCUGCAGUGACUUGUACAGAGAAUCCAAAUCCCUCCUUUGCUUGUCCAACUCUGCAACAAAUAGAUCUGUGAUUCCAGAACCUCCCCUCAACUAUGGGAGAAUUUCCCGGGAUCAUAGAACUUCCUAGCUCUUGCGUUUCACAAUGCCAUUUCCAAGACUAAAUACUGCAUAUAAAAUGGGAGUUGAUGAGGACAAGAAUACUGGUUUCUUAGAGGUUACUGGCGAACUGGCGAAAUGAUAGACAAGAGGUGUUGCCCAAAGCUAGUGUGAUAGAAAAGGAAAAUGGAGAGUUAUGUGCUUUUGGUUUGGAUCUGAAAUGAGGAAGAGCAACUUUUGAAUCCCACUACUGGCUUGACUGUCCCUCCCAGUAACUAUAACAACAUUAUUACCCCAACCACAUCUAAACUGGAGAAUCAAAGGAACAUCUGGAAGCUCGAAGCAGAUGUUAGGGUGUUUCCAUGAGAUAGCUCGUGACUGAAACAGCCAUUUAAAUCUGCUCUAGUACCUCAUGGUUACCUGCGGUUUUUGAACAGACACCAGUAAGUACUGCUGCAGCCGUAGAACAUGUGCAUUGUGGGAUAUUGCUGUAUGCCAUGAGCUGCAUUAAUCAGCAAAAAAUAUUGACGGCUGAGUGCCCAUAAGCACCCAAGAAGGGCUGUCAUGCCCUAGAAAUCUGCAGCCUGGCAUGUCUUGGUUCUGUUAGGAAAUCUAAUGUUCAGAGGGAAAAUGUUAGCCCCCUGCAUUAACUGAGCAUUGUUAUCACUGAAGGCCAAUUAAAAAGCUCUAGUAAUAUGCCAAGUCCCGAAAGCCAUUUUAUACUUCAACUAAUUAAAGCCAUUUUUGACUAAACUGCUUUCUCGUCACCUGCCACAUGAUACAACCAGCAGGAAAGACCCACCUUGUAACAAGAAACGGUUGACCACUGAUCCCGCCCACAAAAAGGUGCAUUUCCUCUUUUCCCCACCUUGUUUUCUUGUAUACUUGUGUGGGCAUAUAUACAAAAGCAACAGACACACAACAGCUCCCAGUCCGUAAGGUGGCCCUCAACACCAUACAGCAGGUUCUAGUAGUGGGUAUGUUGUUAACAGACAACUUCAGUUAAGCUAAGAGCCAGAGUGCAGGAGCCUAAGAUAAAGAGUCUUAAAAAGAGGCAGCGUUAUAGAAAUCUGUUUACCAAUUACCUUCACCAGAAAGUCCACGAACAUCCUGGCUGCUGUUGUAAAUAGAGUUCUUAGAGGAAUAUGAAAAAACGCCCCAUGCGAAUAGCUAUCCUCUGACCCUCUCCCUGAGUUCGCACUUAUGUAUAUUAGUUGGAUAUCUGGUCAUGUGCUGUAUGUUUAUAGAAAGUUGCGUUUUUUUAUAUACUAAAAACACAGUGAGGUGCUAUGCUAGUUUAAAAAAAAACCGGGGCAAACCGUAGAAAUUUGCAUAUCGUGUGUUUUCAAAAUACAUUCCAGAAUCUUUGGGGUGGGAUGGGCUUGUUUUUGUGGGUGGGGGGUGGGGUUUUUUUUUGUGUUUUACUUUUUUGAAGGUACGUUAAUGUAUGAAAGUCAAAAGAUUUUGUUUUGUUUUGUUUUAUGGAUUGCCAACCUCCGUUCUGCUGAAAAAAAGACAAACUGGGGGGAUGAGGUGGGGAAGCAAAAUGGAGGGAGAGAUGCGCUAAAGGCGAAACGCUAGGAAGGGUGGAGCUGCGGCUCUUGGCAACGGGCAAGCAUCGGACUCACAGGAGCCUGGAGAACGCCUGGCCAGAGUCACUUGAAGUGAAAUGAAAUGCGAAUGAGCAGACAUUCCAACCAUGGGGAUGCAGGGACACCUGGGAACCCAGACAAAUCCCGCGCUUAAUAAAAACGAACCAACUGAAGGACACAUUCAAUGGACGUUCUCCCAGGAUGAUUUUUUUCCAGUCCUGUGAACACGAUCCUUGUGGGAAAAGAAGUAACGGAUUUGCUUUAUCUCCCCACCCACCGGCACCAUUCCGAGACCAUGCUGGUCACUAUCUCACCAUGUUCUGCAGUUCAGCAGAUUAGCCCCUGUUGUUCAGAGACUUUGUGUAUUUAAUGCUUUUAACCCCAUCACCCCUAACACCUCCAUAUACCCAUCUGGGGAAUAUCUACAUAGCACUAUAGAACAUUCCUUAUUCCUUGUAACUGCGGAUAUGUUGCUUCUGUGUUUGACUCAUAGCCAUU